UACAAUUUAAAGAAUAAUCGAAACAUUUUCUAAUAUUUAUUAUUACAAUUUCAAAAAAUAUUUUUAUAAAGUGAUUAGAAGCGCAGUCUAUGUGACACUCGAAAAAAAACUUUUUUAAAAUUAUCAACCAUGGAAAAUGAAAAACAAUUAAAAAUGGAUGAUUCGAUUUUAAACGUAUGGGAACUUUGGAAGUCUGCAGACAAUCUAACUAAUGAUGAAAAGGAGUCACGUUCUAAAGCAUUUGAAAGACUUAAAAAUUGUGAAGAAAGUUUAACAAUUCGUUGUUUGAGUUUAUCAGCCGUCCCAAACACAUUCCCAAACAGUUUAACAAAAUUAGAUAUUUCAAGCAAUAAAUUAACACAUGUUCCAGAUUACUUACCUGAAACGCUUGAAAUUUUAGAUCUUUCCGGCAAUCAAAUCUCUAUUAUUCCAGAAAAAUUACCAAUAAAUUUACGGAAAUUAUGUAUGACUCAUAAUACAAUUACUAAAGUCCCAAAAACAUUACCGGAAUCGUUGAUAAAAUUAAAUUUAUGCGCAAAUAAAAUUACAAAAUUACCAAAUAAACUUCCAAAAAAUUUAAAAAAAUUAGAGCUCGUUUCAAAUCAAUUAACAUGCUUACCCGAAAAUUUACCCGACUCAUUAGAAUUAUUAGUCGUAACAUUUAAUAAACUUACAAACUUACCAGAUAAUUUACCGAAAUCAUUACGUACACUCUACGCAAUCCAUAAUGAAAUAACAUUUUUACCAGAAACAUUACCCGAAUUGUUAGAAGAACUUUACAUUCGAAAUAAUAAACUACUUAGCUUACCAGAACGAUUACCCAAAUCGUUAAAAGCAUUGUUAAUUGAAAAUAAUGAAUUUAAAAUUUUAGAAAAUUUAAAUUUACCUGAAUUAAAAUAUUUUAAUAUUUCACGAAAUAAUUUAACCAAUUUACCAAGAAAUUUACCCGAAACAUUAGAAUUUUUAUCUGCUUGUAAUAAUAAUUUAUCUGUAAUUCAAAAUGAUUUACCAAAGUCAUUAAUGUACUUGGAUUUGAAUGAAAAUAAUAUUACCACGUUACCGAAAAAUUUACCGCCCCAAUUGAAAGAAUUGAAUUUAAGACGGAAUAAACUCAUUGAAAUUCCUACGGGACUACCUCAAUCAUUAAGUUUAUUAAAUUUGGAUAAUAAUUUGAUAACUGAAGUAUCAUCAAAUAUUGAAGAUAUCCCUGAUGCCGAAAUUCGUUUGAAGGGAAAUUUGAUAUCUAAAACAAGCAUGGAAUACUUACAACAGUUAAUGCGUACCACAAAUCGUCAAAAUAUUUGGUUUGAUACUGGGAAUUAGGAGGGACAUAUCGGAACGAUAAUGACGCAAGUAGGAAAGGGGGCAACUAGAUUCUAUAGCAAUCUGAAAUUACAAUGGUAGUUUUUGAGUUAUGCGAAAUACGUACGUAGAUAUGUCACACCCAAAAUUAUAGUUUAACUGUGUACAGGGAUGUUCCAAAUAGAUAUUCGUUUCCUUAGGGAUCCUAAGGCUGGCCACGACCUUGUAUAUUGACCAAUAAUUUGAGA